AUGAACUUAAAGUUGACUGAAACUCUCACCACUGCGAGCUUCACCAAAUCUCAAUCAGAUCAUUCUGUAUAUACAAAAAUCACUCCUCAAGGGGUUACCAUCAUUAUGGUUUAUAUUGAUGACCUUGUUUUGACUGGUGGUGACUUGGAUGAAAUUGAGAGAAUCAAAAAGUUACUUGAUCUGCGGUUUAAAAUCAAAGAUUUUGGUGAUUUGAAGUAUUUCUUAGGAAUGGAAGUGGCUAGAUCCUCCAAAGGAAUUCACAUAUGUCAGAGGAAAUAUGCGCUUGACAUCCUCAAAAAUUUUGGGUACUUAGAUUGCAAACCUGUUAGCACGCAUAUGGAUUACACUUGUACUUCCAAAUUGUCAAGAGAUAGUGGCAUUGCUCUACCUGAUCGCACUCCUUACCAGCAGCUCGUUGGAAGACUAUUAUACCUAACUAAUACACGGUCAGACAUUGCUUAUGCUAUGGGGCAACUUAGUCAGUUCAUUGAUUGCCCAACUGAUGAGCACAUGCGGGCAACUUUUCGUGUGUUAAAAUACUUAAAAGGAUGCUCGUCCAUUGGUGUUUUCUUUUCAGCAGACAAUGACCUCAAGCUUACUGGUUUUGCUGGUGCCGAUUGGGCAACAUGUGCAGAUACUCGAAAGUCUAUCACUGGCCACUACUUCUAUCUUGGAAGUUCCUUAAUUAGUUGGAAGAAUAAGAAACAAAGUGUCGUCGCUAGAUCCUCCUCCGAGGCAGAAUAUCGAGCCUUGGCAUUGGCUACUUGCCAAGCUCAAUGA